AUGGAGAGUUUUCCCCCAUCGUCUGCAACUGUCAAACGGUGGGUGAAGGAAUUUCAGCGUGGCAGAGAGAGCUUUGAAGAUGAUGCCCGGUCCGGACGGCCAUCAACCAGUACCAGUCCUGAAAACAUUGACACUGUACACAAACUAGUGAUGGAAAACCGCCGUAUUACUAUCCAUGAGCUAGAAGAAACAACAGGCCUAUCAUAUGGAUCCAUACAUAAUAUAAUUCAUGGCAAACUCCACAUAUCCAAAGUGUGUGGCAGAUGGGUCCCGAGAAUGCUUACAGAUGACAUGAAGCUAACUCGGUACAACGCCAACCCAGGUGAUUUUUAUUUUAGGAUUGUAACCAGUGAUGAAACCUGGGUUUAUCAUUAUGAUCCGGAGAGCAAACGGGAGUCGAUGAAAUGGAAACACGCCACUUCUCCAAAGACAAAGAAGUUCAAAGCCACCAGAUCCACCAAGAAGGUUAUGAUGACAAUCUUCUGGGACAGCAAAGGAGUGAUUCACAUCGACUACCUGCCCCAUGGCACCACAAUGAAUGGGGAGUAUUACGCCAAGUUAUUGAACCAGGUGCGCCAAUCCAUCAAGAUGAAACGCCGUGGAAAAAUCCGUCGUGGGAUUCUGCUUCACCAGGACAACGCACCAGUAUACUAG